CGGUGAGCCAAGUUAGCAGCCAGACGUAGCCAUUCUUCAUUAUCAAGUGAACGGAAAAGGAAAAAUCACCAGCAACAUGAUGAAAACCGUGAUUUUUGUGCUCGCCGCCUGGGUGGCCGUAAAUGCCGAUUCCUGCGCAAAUCUAAAGGAGUAUAGCGAAAAGAUCGAUCCCGUCGUCUGCCCGCAGGCUAUGAAGCUGCCGAACUACGAGAACGCAUCGACCUACUACCACUGCUAUGAUAAUAAAUCCUACACCGUGCAGAACUGCGCCUCUGGAUCCUUCUUCAACAUGGCGAUGCAGAAGUGCAUGUCCUGCGACAACUACUUCCCGAGCGCCGAGUGCGGCAGCUUGAAGGUCAACGUCACCUGUGUGCCCAUAUCCGCCAGCCCUACUGCUGCGCCCAAUACCACCACCGCUGCGCCCACAACCACCGCCGCCCCACAGACCACCUCUGCCCCCAGCAACACCACCAUCACCACCGAGGCACCUGGCGAGACCACCACCCAGUCGGUGCCCACGCCACCCACCGAUUCUCCUGCCACCACCGCCAGCACCACCAGCACCACCAACAACGACGACAUCAUCACCCCCACGGGCACCACCAUCUCGGUGCCCCAGCCCCCCUCCCCCGGCGAGAGCAAUGUCCCCACCCCCGUGACGCCCGCCCCCACGGCCCCGGUCAUCAACGACUCCCCUCCCACGGCGCCCUCGGCCUCAGUCGCCAAGUAACUUGAGACGAUCCCAUCCAAGUCCCAGAAUUUUCGGCUGAAGCAACACAUAUGAUGAUGGAAUAUACUUUUUUUAUGUUGUCAAACAGCCCAACAGUAACUUAAAAUACAAGAAAAUUUGAUUGUAACC